AUGGCGUCGCCACAAGAACCCAAACCCUUGUGCUUGAAGCGCAAGCUUGUCGACAACUGCCUGUCAAAAGAGUGCAAGUCUCGUCGAGUCGUGGUUGACAAUGGACCCUCUGAUCCAUCUGCUAAACGGUGCAAGUGCUGUUGCACGCGACCUAAUCUUGCCAGUGAUUGUGUCAAUUAUCUGAAAAGUGGAGUUCCCAGCCGUAUCGUGUUUUACAAACAAGAUUCUUGGCACAAUUUUCCUGAGCUAAUAAUGAAGUCCCUGAUUGAAGGAUUUAAAGGUGGCAAAUCUAGUGUUGUGGCUGUGAUGGAUGAUGAGCCUGUUCUUGUUGAUUUCUUGUCAAUGAGUCUUGUCAACCUACAAACAAGAAAACAGCGAUCUGUUGCAUGGUAUGAUGAUACUGGAAAGGGCUUUUUUCCUUCUCUGUUCUUUGAUGAGGAAGGUGAUGAAACGGCCAAUUUGGACUCUAGUAAUGUUGAGGAUGGUGCACAGGGAAUAAUGCUGGAUAAGGCUGUAAGUUCUCCAGAGGAAGUGGUGAAGCAAGUUGUUCUUGAAUCUGGCCCUCCGGGGCCACAUAAGCCUUCCACUGCAGACAUAUUACGUAAAAAGAUCACAUCUGUGGAAAGAGGAAGCGAAGACUUUUUGCUUGUUCAGGACCUUUUUCUCUCUGGUAUGGGUCCGUUUGCAACACCGAAUAACAUACUUCAUAUCCACCGCUACUCCCCGAAUGAUAUCACUGCUCAGUGUCGACUUCAAGCUUUUGAAAAACAAAUGAGCUGCACCAAAGAAGAUCGUGGUGAUUCAAAUGUAAGAUAUGGAUGGCUGGGUUCUACAAAGAGUGACAUAGUUAGGAUUCUAAUUAAUGGGUUUGGUAACACCGGAAAACCUGCUGAGAAGGCAUGCUUGAGCGCUGGUGUUUAUCUUUCACCAGAAGAUCGAGCCUUUACCAGUGUCGGUCUUUGUGAUGUUGACGAAAAAGCGGUGCAGUAUAUGUUAUUGUGCCGAGUGAUAUUGGGCAACAUGGAAGCUAUCACGCCUGGAUCACAAGAUUCUUUUCCAAGCAGCGAGAUAUAUGAUUCUGGAGUUGAUGAUUGCUCCAACCCAAAGUGUUAUGUUAUGUGGCCAUCCCAUCUUAACACUCACAUCCGUUUAGAAUAUCUUGUUAGUUUCAGACUUUCACCAAAAGUUCGAAAUUACUUACUUGGUUUGAAGGGUUUAUGGUUUCACCCAUCACCAAAGGAAGUUGCUAUGGAUAUUUCUACUCUUCAACCUAUAAUGGGUGAAACUGGUGAAGCACCAACAUCCCCAUGGAUAUCCUUCAGAGUUCUGUUUGCAAUGAUCCAAGACCAUAUAUCAUCUGUAGCAAAGGAACUGCUCUUCCAUCAUUAUGAAGAGCUGAAGGAAAACGAAAUAAGUCGUGAAGAAAUGGUGAAGAAGAUGAUAAUAAUAGUCGGAGAAAAGUUACUUUUGGAAACUUUAAAGAAACUCCAUUACUGUCCAUCACUAUGGCAUAAAUCUUCUGUCGAAGUGAUGUCCAGUGAUCCUGCAAGGGUAGCAGCAGAAGAUCCUGCAAGGACAACAGAAGAACACAUAUCCUUGGAUAAAACAACUGGGCAUUGUGCACUAACUCUUGGUAACCUUGGCGAUUCCUGUGGACCAAAUACAUUGGCUGAAAGUUCCACAGCUCUUAGCACCAAAGGAUGUGAUACUCUUGCAGUAGCUACGGUGCCCAAAAGCCAUGAUUCUGUCGCACCAAGCAGUGUGCCUGAAACAUCUACUUCUUCUGGUGCCAUAUGCCUAGCUUCCCCAAGUGUGAAACCCAAAAGUAGGGAUUCUCCUAUACGAAUAAUGUUACCUGAAAGCUCUGCAAAUCAUGGUGCCAAAAAUCAGGAUCCUUCUGCAGCUAGAAUGGCACCUACACUUCAUAACGUCCUUCUGAGGACAGCUUCUGGAAAAUCUGCAUCUCAUGGUUAUGCUUCUCCAGCACCAAGUAAUGCCUCAAAAGGCCGUGGGAUUAGUGCUCCAGGACUCAGUCUGAAGGGCUCUGAAUGUCCUGGGCCAGUUUUGGCACUGGGAAGCACCAAAUUCAGAGGGAUGAAAAGUCCCAGCUCUGUGCCAAGAAUGACACCUGAAGGCCCGGAAUUUCUUUCACUGAGUAUUGCACCACAAAGCAAAGCAAUUUAUCCAACUAAGUGCCAUGGUGGUGAUUCGAUUUCUUCUGUCGCAGCUCCAGCUCAUGUGCCAGGACAUGUGAACUCUUCAGCUUUGAGCGCUGAAGGCUGCGAUUCUCUAGCACUGAGUAUCGCGCCAAACUGCCAUGAUCCUCCAGCAUCAAGCAACAACGAGCCAGCGCUCCAUGGGGCUCCAACAACACAUACAGCAUCUGAAGGCGAGCACUCUCAGGCGCCGAGUGCAGCCACCAUGGGUUAUACUGCUCCUGCACCGACAACCGGGGAGGCAGUACAAUUUGGACCCUGCAAUAAGCCAUCAGCGCCCGUCCCUGAGCCCGGCAGCAACGUCGCUCAGGCGGCUGACAUCCUCGUCGCCCUGUCAACUCCGCGAGAGAAGGGCAAGUAG